CCUACCAUUCUACACAGGGCGGGGUGGUAAAGUAAAUUUUCUUCUCUCUCUGUAUGUAUGACCACCAGAUAAUAAAUAAGCACAGACCAGCGAGUUGUUCAGACUCAUUCGCACCACCACCUCACUCGAUGAGGAAGGAAGAAGUGCUCCUUGCCCCACUGUUCUGCUGCCCCCACCACCACACCCACUCGGUGCCUCCAAGAAGGGACAUAAAGUUAGGGGCGUAAAGGGCAAACUUGAGGAAAUUUGGGUCUUCUUUAAAAAAGGAGGAGGAGGUGGAGGAGAGAAAAACCUUUCUUUUUUAUCUGGCCCUCGUCCCGUCUAAAUCUCAUCCGACUACUCACUUUCUCCACCAUCAUCAUCUCCUCUCAUCAAUAAAUCACAUGUAAUAAUAAAUUGCCAAUUCUUGAGAUUCUCUCCUCCCUCGAGAGAGAUCAUGAGAGGAGGGGUAGUCGAGAAGAAGUGCUGUCGGGGUGAAAGUGCUGUUAUUAUUGUUGUUGUUGUUGAUACUAAGUUUAAAUUUAACCAGUCCUCCUUUUAAAAAAAGUAGGGUAAUAUCUAAUUGUUCUGUAAUCAUGAAUAGUUGUUACGAGGAGAAAUGAAUCUUUGUUUGUGAAAAGUUUGUGAUUUUCUCCAUUCAAUCACUCACCAUUGUUACAAAGUAAGGAAGCCGAGUUCGUAAACAGUGACCAGGAUGGCGGACCUGGAAGCCGUCCUCGCGGACGUGAGCUACUUAAUGGCCAUGGAGAAAAGCAAGUGCACACCUGCGGCGAGGGCGAGCAAGAAAAUUAUUCUUCCUGAUCCGAGUGUGCGGAGCGUGAUGCACAAAUAUUUAGAGAAGAAAGGAGAAGUUAAUUUUGAUAAAAUUUUCAACCAACGACUGGGAUAUCUACUUUUCAAAGAUUUUUGCGAAAAUGUCGCAGAAGAACCUAUUCCACAAAUAAAAUUCUACGAAGAGAUUAAAAAGUUUGAAAAAUUGGAAACUAUCGACGAGAGACGGAAAGCAGCCAAAGAAAUUUAUGACAAUUUUAUAAUGAAGGAAUUGCUGUCUCAUACCCAUAAUUUUACCAAAGAAGCGGUCGAUCAUGUACAAAAGCAUCUUUUUAAGAGUGACGUUCCCCCUAACUUAUUUGAGCCAUAUAUCGAAGAAAUAUUUAACUAUCUCAGAGGCGAACCAUUUAGACAAUUUCUUGAAAGUGACAAAUAUACUCGUUUUUGUCAAUGGAAAAACUUGGAAUUGAACAUUCAGUUGACAAUGAACGACUUCAGCGUUCACCGGAUAAUUGGGAGGGGAGGCUUCGGGGAGGUGUACGGCUGCCGGAAGGCCGACACGGGUAAAAUGUAUGCAAUGAAAUGCCUGGACAAGAAGCGGAUAAAGAUGAAACAGGGGGAAACACUUGCUCUCAACGAAAGAAUUAUGCUCUCUCUUGUCAGCACUGGGCAGGCCGACUGCCCCUUUAUAGUCUGCAUGACGUAUGCCUUUCACACGACGGAUAAACUAUGCUUUAUUUUGGACCUUAUGAACGGAGGGGAUCUUCACUACCAUUUAUCUCAACACGGGGUUUUUAACGAACAAGAAAUGAAAUUCUAUGCAGCCGAAGUAAUAUUAGGUCUAGAACACAUGCACAAGCGUUACAUAGUGUAUCGGGAUUUGAAACCAGCAAAUAUUCUGCUUGACGAACAUGGUCACGUUAGAAUAUCCGAUCUGGGCUUGGCGUGCGACUUUUCUAAGAAAAAACCACAUGCUAGUGUAGGGACACACGGCUACAUGGCACCCGAAGUUUUGUCCAAAGGCACUGCCUACGACUCAAGUGCGGAUUGGUUCUCCUUCGGUUGCAUGUUGUACAAGUUACUCAAGGGUCACAGUCCCUUUAGGCAACACAAAACAAAGGACAAGCAUGAAAUCGACCGCAUGACAUUAACAAUGAAUGUAGAGUUACCUGAGUCCUUUUCAAAUGAGCUAAGAUCUCUGCUGGAGGGUCUUUUGCAACGUGACGUUGACAAAAGGCUGGGAUGUCGUGGCAGAGGGUCCGAGGAGGUGAAAGAACAUCCAUUUUUUAAAGGAAUAGACUGGCAACAAGUUUAUCUGCAAAAGUAUCCUCCUCCCUUGAUUCCACCAAGGGGAGAGGUUAAUGCUGCGGAUGCCUUUGACAUUGGAUCUUUCGAUGAGGAAGACACCAAGGGGAUUAAACUAUUGGAUACGGAUCAAGAACUUUACAAAAAUUUUCCUCUGGUCAUAUCUGAACGGUGGCAAGCGGAGGUGGCGGAAACCGUGUUUGACACCAUCAAUGCCGAGGCGGACAAGGCGGAACAAAAGAGACGGGCAAAGCACAAGUAUCGCUACAAUGAAGACGAGAAAGAAUCUGACUGCAUUUUGCACGGCUACGUUAAAAAGCUCGGAGGUCCUUUCGCGUCCGCUUGGCAGACUAGAUAUGCAAAAUUAUAUCCUAACCGGUUGGAAUUGCAUGCGGACUCUGGGAAUACGAAGCCUGAGUUGCUCUUCAUGGAUAGCAUUGAAGAAGUAGUCCCGGACCUGGUUCCCGUCAAGAAUGAACAAUGCAUCUUAAUAAAAUCCAAGGAUAAUAAAAUCAUCAUCACCAACUCGGAUGAAAUUGGUCUGAACGAGUGGUCAAUUUCCCUGCGUACUGCACAUAAACAUACGUUAGAGCUUUUAAGUAGUAUGGCUCGAAAAGCUGGGAAAAUUUAUGGCGCAGAUAUCGAAUCCAAUAGCAAAAAUUCACCAGUUGUUAAUCGUUCUGCAAAUGGUGGUAAUCAAAUAUGAAAAGGGAUGACGAAUCAAAAGACAACCUUCUUCACACUAGUGUUAACAACAAACAAUAUAUAUCAAUUUAAUAUAUAUACAUACAUACAGAACAAUAAUGUUCUCCUCCUCCUCCAGUGUUUCAUACAUAGAUAAAUAUUAUGUAAAACUCGUUAAACUUGUUGGACGUAAUAUUAUUAGUUGUUGUUCAAGAAUAACUAUAUAUAACUUGUUCUUCUGGUGCAUAAUUACUUCUACUGGUACAUAUACGAUGCUGCGCACUCCGUCUUCGUAUUUCCUGACUUUAUUCCUGUUAAUAACACUCUGACUCCUCAUGCCCACCCACGCAAUUUCUGCAAUGUUGCAUCAACCAGCUGGGUUUAUAUUUCUCAGAACAUUAUUCAAUAUUAUUGUUAUUAUUAGAUGUGCUUGAUAUAGACCGAGAGAGGCGGAGAGAGAAAGCAAUAUCGUCUUUCUAUCAUCUAAAUGAAUGAAUAUGAUCAUGAUCCCAUCCAGUGUCAAUUGUGAAGUGCCAAUUUUACACCCGAGUAGCCAUUUAUUAAUUAUAUACAACGAGAUACUAGUGCUCCUUCUUCCAACACACGUUUUCUUCUUCUAAAAUAAUUAUGCUACACUAACCAACUCCUACAACGACUACUUAAAACUAGUAAAACUGAAUGAAUCAACAGGACAAAUGUUACCAACAUGAUGUCCACCUACCUACUUGUUUUUGUUUUAAGGAAAGAAGAAUACCACAAUCAAUCACGAUCAAAAAUUAAUGCAAGUUUAAAAAAUAGAAACAGAGGAGAAUAUAUAACAUCACGACGAUGAGAACAUAAGGAUCGGAUGGGAAAAGGAAGAAGCCUAAUAAAAAAAUAAACAUUUCCUGUGUAGAAUCUCUCAUUGAUUGCUAGUCAUUUAUGCCAGUCAACCCUUUUUAUGUCGAUACUGCAGCAGUGGAAAUACAGAAAGUUUACAGCUCGACGCAAUCUCCAAGAAUGCAAGUUGGCCGAGAAUGCAGAGAAAGAAGAUCAAAUAGCAAGACCAGUCCUCAACAAAAUUAUACCUCAUCCUCGCCUAAAAGCCGUUUGGAUUUCUGGAUAAUUUAUUAUAAUUCCUUGCAUUAUUAUUAGUGUGGAAUGUGCAUGGACAACUCAACCAUAGUGAGACAAAAAGUUUAUAAAACAAUUAAAAUCUUUUCCUUUAAAAUAAACGGAAUGCAAUCCAUCAUCAAGAACUAGAUUAUACAUACUCUGCUUCAUUUUAUACAGAUAUUUCAAUCCUACGCAGUUUUUAAAUAUCUGUACUACAAGUAAUAUAUGUCUUUGUGAUUUUAAUUUUUCGUAAAAAAACAUGUGCCAAUGGGGAAGAGAUGAUGGAAUACAUACAUUUUGUAAUGCCUAUUACACCUUUUAAUACAUACCUGUUAACCUUAUUAUUGUAGUUAAUUAAUACCAAUUGAUACACACAAAAACACCACCACCACCACAACUUGCCCUGUUAUUGUUAUAUUUAAUUAAAAAAUAAGUUUUAAUACUAACGACACAGAAUUUUAAAAAAUUGCAUAAUAUGAAUGUGGUUGACCAUUGUCUCAUACAAACCCACCUCAAAAUUAAUUAUUAAUUAAUUACUCAACUGUUACUAGUUCUCAUUACCACCACUAUUUUAAUGCUUAUUAUUAUUAUUAUCAUCAUGAAAAUGAAAAAGUGUUUAGUUCAUUAUUCCUCUAAAACAUUAAGAACAGGAGAAAGUACAUAAAUCCUAUGCCUAAAAAACCUACCUAAAUACCUAGUUCAUUUUAUAAUAAAAAUCAACUCACUUUUUCAACAAAAAUUGAAAUUGCUAGAUACAAUCAUGUUUAUCAAAUAAAAUAACUUGAUAUAAUGAUGUUAAAAAUCAGAUUCAUACCACGUAUUAAAACUAAUGACGAUUAAACAAACCACACUGAUGUACUACAUAAACACUCUUUUUAUGAAUUUUUGUUAUGGCACGAAUGAUGAUAAAUAAGACGAGGAUGCAAAGAAAUUGAUAAUUCCGUGAUGUUCCCUUUAUAAAUUGUAUUAUUGAUUACUACUCCUAUGUACUACUUAUAAACUAGUAAAGAUGAUGAUACAUACAUGUUAAAUAAUAAUAACAAUAUAAAAUUACUUGUAAUAAUACCAUCUAGUUUUUAAGGGAUCGGAUAAGGAUACGAAGAAGAAAAUCACAACACAGCCAAUGUUUCUUAAUGUUUUUUACGAAGAGAGAUUUUCCAACUCUUCAAACUAUAAGAGAAUCAAGGAAGAAAGAAUGCAUCGUCGUCGUCGGUCAUCGUCUUCUUUUAAGAAAUAUAUUAUCUACGUAUAUAAAUAAAAUUUUAAAAAACUAUUUUAAAUCCUUGUAUCAUUUCGCAACAAAAAAGAGGUUAAUUCUAACUCAAAAAAUGAUAUGGUGAUGAUAAUGAUGAUGCCAUGCCAGCUUUGUUUGCCAUAAUAUUCACACAAGUCCAAAAAAGUGAAGUUGUCAUUGUCGCCGUCAUUCAUCUACCAUUUAGUACGUGGUACUUCUCUAUGCAAGGAAAGAUGUCUUACACACAUUGACUUGGAAAUUGUGUUAUAAUUAUUUGCCAAUACGCGUACAUAAUAAUAUAAUGCUACUAAACUACUACUACUGUUUACUACUAAAUGAUAGGCCAUUUAAUAGACCAUACGUAAUCUUACAUGUUUCGCAUUUGUAUUUCUUUUUUCAUAUCUUGUACGUAAAACAAGCUUCAUAAAUAGCCGUGUCGUUGCUGCAUGUAGUUAUUAUUAUUUAAUUUCUCCUGUAAAACGUGGUCCUUUUAUUGUUUUUCUCAGCAGUUUCUUCAAUUAAUGUCCAUAAUCGAAAUGAGGAAGGAAGAAAGAGGUAGUUUUAUUUUUAGUUUGUCUGGUUGGUUGGGAACGAAUUAAAAUGCUAUUCAUUUUUAUUAUGUAAAAGAAAAAAAUAUUGUUUAAUUUUAAGUUUGUUGACUGAGCCCGCAUUUGGUGCAUGUAGGUAAUCAAUUGUUGAUCUUGUUUAUAAUUUUAGUUAAAUAAAUAAUCAUAAUGCUGUUACAUUUCGUUGAGAUUUCUUUAAGUGAAGAAGAUGAUGAUGAUAAUACAUGCGACCUCUAUUCAGUAUUUACAUUUACUAAUUAUGAUUAUUAUUAUUAUUGUUAUAUAAAAAAGAUUAUAGCAUAAAUUAAAACCUCUGUAUUGUUAUUAACUUGUUGUACUAAAGACAGACCUACCAUCCCCACGCAUAUGUAUUUGCUACGAUAAGUUUGAGAUGUUGUUAUCGCUUAAAAGAAUUCGAUAUAAAUUUUUGAGUAAUUUUUUCUCAAAGUUGAAACCAAAAAUAAACGAGGAGCCAACACAUUUCAAAAAAUUAAUACGUAGCCGACCUCCUCCUCUCCUCGUUUAAUUGUUGCUAACUGCACCAAAAAACAAUACGUCGUCGUCACAAUUAUAUCGUUGUCGUUGUCCCUGUUGAGUUGCGUUGUUUGUCAAAAUAUUGACGAAAUUGUUUAAAAAUUGCUUACCUAGGUAUUUACAUACUACAUACUUACGUAUCUAAAUAUACUAUACUCUCCACUACGUAUAUACUGUUGAGUGAGGCGAUGAUAAUGAUGUUGAUAAGAGUGAAAAAAAAUCCCAUCAGCAGUCGAAAACUGAAAGCACAAUCUUCCCAAUUCUUAUUAUGUAAGAAAUAUCCUUAAGAAAUAAUCUAUGCGUUGAUGACAAAGCAAACAAACAAAAAGAAUCAUUCAAAAA